AUGCGGGCAGACGCAUACCACCCCGGGACGAAAGGUGACACCACAGCUGGUUCUUUGGAACAAGGAAGACUGACACUCAACGUAGGGCCUCGCAGUCUCGGGUCCAGGUUCUUCGCCGACGAUGGAUUAUGGCGCAACGCACCGAUCCUCACUGGCAAAGGAUCUUUCCCUCCAUUACCAGACGUCCAUAAUAUCCUGGUGACGGGCGGCGAAGGUUUCAUCGCCUCGUGGCUCGUUCGCCACCUGGUGACGAAGUAUCCUGAAGCGUACACGGUGAUUUCGUUCGACAAGCUCGAUUACUGCAGUUCUCGCCAUAACGCUCGGAUGCUUGAGAGUCGGCCCAAUUUCCGUUUCGUCCAUGGAAAUGUGACAAACGAGGAUGAUGUUGUUGAGUGUCUCAAGCGGUAUCAGAUCGACACCAUCUUCCACCUCGCAGCUCAUACGCACGUGGACAACAGCUUCGGCAAUUCGUAUGCUUUCAAUGUGAACAACGAUUUCGGGACACAUGUGUUGUUGGAGAGUGUGAGGAAGGUCGACACGGUGCGGCGGCUUUACCACAUCUCUACAGACGAGGUGUUUGGAGAGGUCGAGACGGGACAAGGAGAUCUUAAAGAACACAGCCUGCUCAAGCCCACAAACCCAUAUGCGGCCACGAAGGCUUCUGCGGAGAUGAUGGUAAAUGCUUUUGCGAAGAGCUUCAAGAUACCUGCCGUCGUCAUUCGCUUGAACAACAUCUAUGGGCCGCAUCAGUAUCCUGAAAAGAUAAUACCAAAGUUCACCAACCUUCUUCGACGGCAGAUGCCGCUGUUCAUCCACGGCGAUGGCAAGCACACCAGACGGUACCUGUACGCUGGUGAUGCAGUCGACGCAUUCGACACAAUACUCCACAAAGGUGUGCUGGGUGAGAUCUACAACGUCGACUCGCGGGACGAAGUCUCUAACUUCGAGCUGGCUACAAAGCUAUUGGGCAUGUUUGGUAUCACCAACAUGGAAUCCUGGAUCCAGUGGACUCCUGACCGCCCGUUCAACGACCGGCGAUAUGCAGUGGACGGCUCGAAGCUGCGGAGACUGGGUUGGACUCAGCGUGUGACAUUCGACACUGGCUUGGCAGCAACUGUUGACUGGUAUUCCAAGUUCUCGAGGUGGUGGGGUGCAAUCGACAACACCAUCCUAGCUGCCUUUCCAGUUGUAAAAGAUGGCCAGGUGAUCGGACCUGCGCCUAACGAGCCCAGCCACAUCAUGCAUGUCCAGAAAGAGACGACGGCGGGAGCUGUGUGUGAUGUACAGACAGUGGCCACCCCGGCAGGCAAUGGAGAGGUUCUCACCACUUUUGAGCGGACCGGUAAGAAGAGGCCUGCAGAUGAAGCUGUUGGAAGCAUGGUGGCAGCGGAGAUUGCACAGGAAGGACCAUUUGCAGUGUCAGUGGAGUGUAAUGGAGGAGCGAGUCCGAAGAAACGCAAGGUGGAGGUCCUCGAUUAA